AUGCUUAAAUUUUUGAAUGUUAAGAGCCCAGUUUUAAGCUCAGAUGUCGAUGAUAAAACAGAUGAUAGUGAUAAAGGAGAUGUAAGUUAUACUUUAGAAGAAUUAAGAAUGAAAAUGGAGAUAACUCAGAAAAAACAUUUUGGUUAUAAGAAUUUAAAAGAUUUUCAAGUGGAAGCUGUCCAUGCAACAUUUCAUAGAAAAGAUAGUUUUAUUGUUAUGGCAACUGGUAUGGGAAAAUCUCUUUGCUAUCAAAUACCAUCACUUAUGGAUGUUUGUAAAAAAAAGUUUACUGUUGUGAUAUCUCCUUUAAUAUCUUUAAUGAAAGAUCAAGUUGAUAACUUGAAUAGAAAAAAUAUAUCAUCUGUUUUUUUAGGUAGUGGUCAAAAAAUGAAUAAUAAUAAAAUAUUAAAUGAAAUUAAACAUGGAAUAUAUAAAAUUGUUUAUUGUAGUCCUGAAUAUGCUUUAAAUAAUAAAAAUUUAUUUAUUUUAUUAAAAAAUCGUAUAUUACUUAUUGCUAUAGAUGAAGUACAUUGUAUGUCUGAAUGGGGACAUGAUUUUCGUCCGUCUUAUAGAAAAUUAAAUGAACUCAGAAUUAUUUUAAAAGAAAUACCUAUCAUGUGUUUAACUGCUACAUGUACUAAGAAUGUUCAAAGUGAUAUACUAAAGAAUUUAAAUUUCGAUUUAAAAAAUUGUUUAAUAAAAAGAAGUAGUGUAAAUAAAAAAAAUUUAUUUUAUAGUGUUCGAGAAAAAACAGAUAUAUAUGAAGACUUAAAAGAUAUUUUAGAUAUACCUUUAAGAGAAUCUAAAGAAAGAACUAAAAAAUUUAUAGAUAAUUCAAAAAUAUGUUCAUAUAAUUCAACACUUAUAUAUGUUAACUCCAAAAAAGAAUGUGAACAUAUAUAUUCUUUUUUAAAAGAAAAAGGAUUAUUAGUAUUAAUGUAUCAUGCUGAUUUAACAAAUGAUCAAAAAAAACAAGCUCAUGAAAAAUUCUUAAAAGAUGAAAUACAAAUUAUUGUUGCUACAGUUGCAUUCGGUAUGGGUAUUGAUAAACCAGAUAUAAGAAGAAUUAUACAUUAUGGAUUUGCUAGAUCAUUAGAAGCAUAUGUACAACAAGUGGGAAGAGCAGGAAGAGAUAAUAGUGAUGCAGAAGCUAUUCUUUUCUUUCAUAUUAAUGAUGAAUCAAAAAUAAAAAAUAUUAUCUUAAGAGAAAAUACAGCUAAUAAUUUAAUAGAAACAAAUUUUCAAAGAGUAGAACAUAUUGUUCAUAUAUUUACACAAGCAUCUGAUUAUGCAUAUUCUACUGCAUGUAGAAGAAAAAAAAUAUAUGAAUAUUUUGAUGAAGAUCCUUUAACAGCAUAUGAUAUUGAUAUAUUUAAUGAUAAACGUAAUGAAGGUAUAUGUUAUUAUAUAAAGAAAUAUGAUUUAUAUUUAUGUGCAAAGUGUGAUAAUUGUAUAUAUUGUCUAAAUUUAAUUAAAAAAAAAUAUGGAAUCAAAACGAAUAAGAUAAAUAAUGAUCACAAUAUUAAAUAUGAUAAUAAUUAUAAUAAUAAUUAUGAUAAUAAUUAUGAUAAUAAUUGUACAUAUAUUAGUAAGAACCACCUCAACGAUAAUGAUAUCAAAAAAGAAACAAGCUUAAAAUCACUUACAUGCUAUUAUAUUUCCUCAUCAUCCAAUUCUUCACUUUCAUCAUAUAUUUUUGAUAAUGUUGUUGAUCUUACCAAUGAACUAAAAACACUCUUAAAUUGUAUCUCUUCCUUAAAAGGAAAGACUGGAUUAUCUACUAUAUGCAAAAUAUUGGUGAAGAGUAAAGAAUCUGCAAUAAUUAAAAAAAAUUAUCAUAAUAUAAAAGAAUAUGGUAAAGGCGCACACCGAUCAACAAAUUGGUGGUCAUCUUUUAUGAAAGUUGUAAGAAAUGAUAGAUUUAUAAAAGAAACUUUAAACAGUGGAAAAGAAAUGUGUUAUAUAAGUGUAGGAAUAACAGAUAAAGGUGAAGAGUUUUUACAUAGUAAAGAGAAAUAUGUUAUAGCAUUACCAUUCUUUUUAAAUACAUCACCAAAAUCUUCAAAUAAUAGAAAUAAAAAAAACAAAAAGGAUACUUAUAAUAAUAAAGAAACCAAAUAUUCUAAUUUUACAUAUGUAUAUAAAAAUAAUGAUUAUAAUAAUAAUAAUAAUAAUAAUGAUGAUAUUUAUAAUUUGGAUGAUUAUAAAUAUGAUGAUAAUCAUACCUCAAAUAAAAUUAAACACAACAACAAUAAUAAUAAUAAUAGUAAUAGUAAUAUACAUAUCAAUCAUAACCAUAAAGAUGAUGUUGAAUAUGAUAAAUGUUUUAAUGUCAAUAAAAAUACAAACAAAAAUUCAAAUUAUAUAACUAUCGAAUCGGGAGAUGAAAAUGGAAAUACUAAUUCUAUGAUCAAUAAAAAAAAAAAUAUUUAUAAUAAUAAUGAAAAUAUAAAUACAAAUACAAAUAAUAAUUAUGAAACAACACAUAAAAAUAAUAUAAAUAAAUAUGGAUAUAUAGAAAGUAAUCAGAAACAAAAAUCAAAUAACAAGAAUAAUAAUAAUAAAUAUGAAUAUUUUAAUAUAGACAAAAAUGAUUUCCCUAUGAAAGAAAAUGGAUAUACAAAUGAAGAAAAGAAAUUAUCAGAUGAACAAAUUAAUGAUUCUAUUAUGAAAAUAUUAUUAAGAACAAGAAUGUUAGAAGCAAGAAAACAAAACAUACCUCCUUUUCAAUUAAUUUCUGAUCAACCAUUAAAAGAUAUUUGUCAUAAAAGAUUAACAUCUGUAGAAUUAAUUAGGAAACAUGUCUAUAAUAUUUCACCUAUAUGUCCAAAUUCUUUUCUAGAAAAAAUCGUAUCAGGUAUUAGAGGCUUUUGUUUAUUACAUGAUUUAAAAACAGAUAUGAUAAAUUUAAAUAUUUAUAAUCCUAAUCAUAACAAUUCUCCAUUACCCAUAAGUGCUAAAACAUCUACACUUAAAAAUUUUGAGAAUAUAAUAUCUUCUUAUCAUUAUGAUCAAAAUAAAAAUGGAUUAUAUGAAAGUAAAAGUAAUGAACCAUAUAAUUAUGAACACCAUACAGGCAUGGAACGUAAAUGUAAACAUUUUGUUUCUCAAGAAGAAGAAUAUAAUCAUGAAGGCAUUUCAAGAAUGGGUCAGAAUAAUACUAACAUGUAUGAAAAUAAAAAAAACAUGAAUGAUCAUACAUAUGAUCUUCAUAAUAAUAACAAAAUAUAUGAACAUAAUAAUAUUACAUCACAACAUGGAUAUAUUCAAAAAAACACAUUUAUUGAAUAUAAAAAUAAUAUCACUGAUCAAAAUACAUUAAGCAUGAGUGAUAUAAAUAAUGAGAAGAAUCUAACAUAUAAUAAUUAUAUAUAUAAUAAAAAUGAUAGUAUUAUUACAAAUUAUAAUACUAGUACUGAAAAUAAUUUUUCUAUACAAAAUGAAUUCUAUCGAAAAAAUACAAAUGUGUUAGAUGAUAACAAAUUUGGAGAUGAUACUUAUAAAUAUAACAACAAUAAUAAUAUUAAUAAUAUUAAUAAUAUUCAUAGUAAUAAUCAUAGUAAUAAUAAUAGUUCGGAUGUAUUAUUAAUAAAUGUCAUAAAUAAUAAUAGUCCUAAAAAAAAACAUGAUGAUUUAUUUGGAAAGUUCUGUUAUAAACAUGAUGAAAGCGAAACAGGGGUACUUCAAAAUGUAACACAUAUGAAUAAGCAUAUAAAUAAAAUCCAUAAUGAAAAUAAAAAUGAUAAUAUUACCUUCUUAGAAAAUAAUAAUAGUCAACACAUAAACAAUAUGACACAUACUGUUAAUGAUGUAAAGAAUAAUCUUAGUGACUUGUAUGAUGAUGAUGAUUUUAAAUUUAUCAAUAAAAUUCAAACACUUGGAUUACAUGAAAAAAAUCAUGAAGAAGAAAAUACAAAAAGAAAAAUAAAUAUAAUACAACAAGAAGAAACAUAUAAUAAAAGACAUCAACAUAUAACAUAUACAAAUCAACAGGGUAUCAAUAAUGUUUAUAAUAAUAUGAAUUUAAAAGAAAAUGAUAUUCCUAAGCAUGAUCAUACAAAUCUAAAUAUGAAUGAAAGUAACACACAAAAAAAUGAUUUUUAUGAAGAAAAAAAAAAAAAAUUAAAUUUUAUAGAAUCCUUUUCAUAUAAUAAUAAUGAAGAAGAUAAAAAGCGUGUUAACAAUAUCGACAUAUUAGAUCAGUUCGUUUAUAGAGAAGUAAAAAAAAGAAAAACAUGA